UCACAAUUGACUCCGCUCAAACCAUCUAGGAGUCCAUGUAAUAUUUUCUCCUGGUUGCCCUCUUAGCUCCUGAUCGCUUCUUCUUGGCUGGCGCCUACGGAGCAGCAAGAGCCAAAGUGGACUAAUGGCGACUACCACUGGAGCUUCUUUAGUCGGCUUCUGCUUCCUUUAUCGUUCAGCGGGUUUGAGUCGGCGGCGGUGGGACAUUUUGGAGAACUCGAGCUAUCGAGCUCGGAGGGGGUACUCUUUUGCCUCACCUCCCAAAUAUGGAAAGAGGAGAAACUUGGUUUAUGCAGCCAAUCGAGAUGCUGAGAAAUCAUUCAAGAAGACUCUAGAAGUCGAUAGAUUAAUAGAUACACUAAGAGUAUCCAAUCCUGGUGAACUAGAACAGGUUGUUGUUGAAAAUGUGCUGGCAUUCAACGAGGGUUUCUGGAUCAGGCUUGCGGCUAGAACUGAAACUUAAAGAUUAUGAGGAGUUAGCUGGAUCAGUGAUGAGCAUAGUUGACCGAUUGGUU